AUGCAGCAAAAUAGAGACUUGGCUAGAUCAAGAUGGAAAGACAAUGCGUACUGUCCUAGGAUCGUUGAUAGAAUACAAAAAAGAAUGCAGAAGGCCACCCAAUGCUUUCCUUUCAAGUCAAGUGAUGAUCUGUAUGAGGUUUCCUGCCCAUAUGGUGAUCAUUAUGCUGUCAACAUCAAGGAGCAAUCUUGUUCAUGCAGGAGAUGGAAAUUGACAGGAAUUUCCUGCCCCCAUGCUAUACCUGCACUUUGGAGUGCAAAAAAGGAUCCAAUGCAAUUUGUUUCCAGCUGGUAUAUAGUGGAGAAAUACUUGAAGUGUUAUGAUGGCUGUGUGUCUCCAAUGAGUGGGGAAAGAAAUUGGGAGAACAUUGGUGUAAGUGAUCCAAAACCCCCCUGUACAAGAAACCAGUUGGAAGGCCAAAGAAACAAAGAAGAAGAAAUGCAGAUGAAGAGGAGCAAGCAAAGGAAAAGCAGUAUACCAAGAAGAAAAUGA